AUGGCUCCGGCAAACUCGACCAACUUACCACCCAUCGAAACUGUCCAGGGUCUGCCUACGCAAGACCGCGCAGCUAUCCUGGACUUGCUCUUCGAACCGAGCACACAACUCCAUACACUCUCAGUCCCACUGCUACAGGAGCAGGCCUUCGCAUCCUACUCAGACCUCAUAGCCGCCGUGGGCAUUCAACUCACCGCGCUAUCUGAAUCUCCAUCUCGCUCCGACACGGCCUGGCUCGAGGAUAUCAUCGCAUCACACCCCAGACUAGGAGCCAAGAAAGUGGAGAGUGCCCAAUCUCAGGCCGAACAAGCCCAACUGCAAGGUAGCUACGAAGAGACCGAGCAGCUACGUCGUCUCAACGACGAAUACGAAAAGAAGUAUCCUGGACUGCGAUAUGUGGUCUUUGUCGAUGGACGGAGCAGACCCGUCAUCAUGGAAGGCAUGCGCGCGCGGAUUACCAACAGCGAUUUGAAGCAGGAACGGAGUGCCGCCAUCAGGGUAUAUGUCUGA